UGACAAAACAAAUUAACCAUAUAAUAAUCUCCUCCUUGCAAUUAAAUUAAGUCUUUUUAUUAAAAUCUUUUAAUAUAAAUUUUUUAUACUUGGCUAUUUUAAGCAGCAUAUGAUUUUUCCAGUAAAAAGAACCUUCAUGUGGAAAGAAAUUUCAAAAGUGCUACCCAAUGACUAAAGUGCUUUUUAUUUUUUUACUUUACUAUUCUCCUGUUAUACUUCAAAAACAGUUUCCCCUUAAGGCUGACUUCCUUUCUAGAAAUUAUUUUUGUUUCCAACCAUGUUGAGAAUCAUUUUUUUUCAUUCCUUCACUCUGAUCAGGACUCUCUCUCUCUCUCUUUUUCUCCCCGCCUCCCCCCCCGUGUGUGUGUGUGUGUGUGUGUGUGUGUGUAUGUGUGUGUGUGUGUCCUUUUGCUUUCUUGGUAGUAGCAGAAAAAAAGGAGUGUGGGCACAGGAAAGAGGGAGGAGAAAAAAACAGAAAGAGGAUUGUAUGCCACUGUGUCUGAAUAUAUCUUCUACUGGUGGAUAAUUACGUCCAAGUUGCACUUUUGCCUUUUUAUUUCCGUUUUUGGACACCUCUUUCUCACCCAGCCAACUGGGAUAGACAAAGCAUUGUUGGUGCCCUAAGCGACAGAACUCUGGUAGGGGGCUGGCUGUAAAUUGACGUGGCAUGGAAAUUCUCUGCUAAAUUGUAGCAGCUUCUCUAAAAUCAAGCCCAGUCUCCCAGAGCUGCAGCUCCAUCAUGGGUUCAACGACUUUACAGAAAAAUGGAUAGAAAAAGUCUUCAGCUCUUUUUUUUGGACCCAAAAGUUUUCUUUUUGGGUAUUUAUGCUUCAGCUGAAAACCAAAUCAAAGCAGUUAAGUCUGUAACUUUCUUUUUGCAGCUUAAACAACAGAAUUUGCUGCUCUCCCUCCCCUUUCCUGCAAUUUAAUUCCUUACAGAUUUUGCCAUGGGGUGCGGACUUAGAAAGCUAGAAGACCCUGAUGAUAGCAGUCCUGGAAAAAUAUUUUCUACCCUGAAGAGACCGCAAGUGGAAACAAAGACAGAAUUUGCUUACGAAUAUGUAUUGCUGGACUUUACUUUACAAGCUUCAUCAAACCCAGAAGUCAUCAAGAUAAAUUCAAUUCUGGAUAUAGUAACAAAAGUGGAAGACUAUUAUCUUAAAGGGUAUAUUGUUGGGGCUAUUCAUCCUGUUAUACAACCAGUGGGGCAGCGAAAACAGCUACCAGCAAGUUACCUAUACAGGGUGGUGCUAUGGCGCUUGAAAUUAAGCUCAAAACAUUUGACAGCACCCAGUGGACAAAGACGAGCAAAGCUUGUGAUUGAGGAAUUCCCCCUAACCUAUGAGACACAAACAAAUGAGAUUGCAAACGAACUGACAGAAAAGAUUAACGUAACUGCUAAAAGAGGAAUGAAGUUUGUUGGAUUCAUAUCACAGCAUUGUCCACCGUCUAAUUUCUGCAAUGGAGCCAACCUUGAUGGAGAUUCAGAAUCAGAACCAACACUACCUAUGACACACGGUUCACAUGAAAACUGUAGAAGUUGGAAUGAAGGAAUGUUACAUGGACAAUCAUUUGAAAGUGGACUUGAAGAAGAACUUCAUCAUGAAAGUAGACAGUCUCAAAUGGGACAAGAUUGCAGCUCCGGUUUCUCUAAACCAAGAAAAGGAGAAGAUAACAACUUGUAUGCAGUCUUCAAUGUUUUUGAUGAUGAAUCAACUUGCUGGACCUAUCAGGAGGGCCUCCUAUCAAUGAAAGUAACAAGAAAAGGAUCUGUCAUUUGUACACUUGAUGCUGAUUGGCUAGAGUUAACUACAUUUUAUUAUAAGCAAGGCUUGUCUUUAAUUGAUUCCUUUGUUUGCUGGGAAACAUCUAAAGGGGAUCAUUUGCCCAAAUCUUUGGAAGGAUUAUUUAUCUAUGAAGAAGAAAGUUCUGAAGUUCCAGGCUCUAGUAAGAAAGGGAAUGAUGCCAUCGUAGUAGAACAAUGGACCAUUAUUGAGGGCUGUGAAAUCAAAACGGAUUAUGGCCCUCUGCUGCACACUCUGGCUGAGUUCGGAUGGCUUCUCACAAGUGUGUUGCCUACACCUGUAUUGAGACAUGACAGCGAAGGGAAUUUGGCUACAAAGCAGGUGAUAUUUCUUCAGAGGCCAAUGAUGUGGAAUUCAGCUGCUCAGACACCAGAAAGGAAAGGCACCCAUCAAAUAAAAGGUGAAGAUAAGAACAAAGUAACCAGUAGAAGUGUUGGAUUAGACACCACCCUGUCACAACCUAGAGAGAGCAGACCGCCGCCUGAGGAGUGCCCUCUCUCUACUUCUAGAGAAUGUUGGAUGAAGGAGGCGAAGUCUACACAGUACAGCAGCUUUUCCGGGUUCAACGAUGACAGUGUCCUACGGGAGUUAGAUGAUGGACAAUUUGAUCAGGAAGAUGGAGUAACUCAGGUCACUUGCAUGUGAGCAAGGAGGUAAAGCAAUGGAAGGCCCUGUAAAUAACUAUUAAAAUAAUUGCCAGCUGACUUUAUCAUAUUAGUUUAUCUGCAUGUACGUAUGUAUGUGAUGCUUUGAAUUUUGCCAGACUCAGGCUUUCCUCUAAUCUGCAUAAACUUGGACUCAACCUCCAAGACAAGAAAGAAUAACCAAUGUAUUCAUAAAUUUAGAAUCAUGUCUACACCUCUCUCAAUUAAAACAGCUGUUUAAACAGAUGUUCCAAUAGUUUACUAAGUGGCAAUCUCCUUCAGUUUCUUGUGAAUGUACAAAGUAUACUUUUAUUAUAAUUCCUGGGAAGAAGACUAUCUCAACCUGUUUUUUACCGAAUUAAAGAGUUCUCAGGAAAUUACAGUUUUACUUAUACUGAAAAAUAAUCUCUAUCCCUCAUUGUCUCUCUCUCUCACUCUCUCUCUCUCUGUCUGACGUGCACAUGCAUACACAUACAUCUAAACAUAAGUAAAGGCCUAAUUAAUGAAAAUAAAUAUUUCCUAAUUAUAACAAUCCAAACUUUGUCUUCAACUAUGGCAUGUAUAUACAAAGCAAGCCCUAUUUGUUAAAAUUUUUUUGGAAAAAAAAUCCUGUUUGUGUGUCUUUGCUUUUAAAGGGUCACCAUGAACUUAUUAAGCUUUGUGUCUCCCAAUGGCUUAGAAAUAAAGAGAACAAAGUAUUAUCCCUUAAAAUUCAAUACAAAAAGAACCCACAAUCUCCAUGUUUAAAAAACUUGGCAGCGAGGAUGAAUUUUCUUUCUUUUAAAUUGUGAAAUAUUAUGGAAAGGAAAAACAUCAGCUUUAAAUCAAACUAAAGUCUUUUACAUCUGUGUAGAUUUCAGUUAUGCUUUUAUUGUGACUUGUUAAAUCCUGAAAAAUGUUGAAGCCCAGAAUCUUCAGUCCUGCAGUAGUUGAAAAGUACUCAUAGCACAUGUGACGCAUACACUGGCCCACCUGCUCCAUCUCUGCUUUUCUUGCCCCUCUAAUAGGAUGCCUUUGCCACGGCCUUGCCACAGCCUUCAACAGGUAAAGAUUACAAUUUUACCAAACAGAGAAUGUCCAUUUAUCUAUGAAAGACUGGGUUAGAAAGGUGGGAACCUUCAAAUGAAUUCCAACUGACUAUACCAUUGAAUUCAGCCUACAGAUUUUUAUUAACAUUGGUGUUAAUGUUAUAAGAUCCUUUGAAUAAUAAA